CGCGUCCAAACUUAACCGUUUGAGAGUAAAGCGAUCAUGGGUUCUUCUUCUAGAAAUUUGUAUGCAGGAAUAGGUGAAGGGCAAUCAACCACACGGCCACCUCUUUUUGAUGGAACCAAUUAUACAUAUUGGAAAGAACGAAUGAGAAUCUAUAUUCGUUCCACGAACUUCCAAUUAUGGUUGGUUAUCAAAAACAGGGAAGAGGUGCCGAUGAAGAAAGUCGGAGACAAGUUGAUCCCCAAGACCGAAGACGAGUUUGAUGCCGAGGACAUCAAAAAGGUCAAGAAUUAUGCAAAGGCAAUAAAUAUGCUUUAUUGUGCCGUAAAUCCUGAUGACUACCGCAAGAUCUCCUGCUGCUCAACCGCCAAGGAGAUGUGGGACAAACUUGAGGUGACGUACGAAGGAACGGACCAAGUACGUGAAGCCAAGAUUGACUUCCUCACCCAAGAAUAUGAGAUGUUCACGAUGAAGGAGCACGAGAAGAUCGACGACAUGUUUGACCGUUUUUCCAAGAUAGUCAAUGACCUCCAUGCAUUAAAGAAGACAUACACCGACAGGGAUCUUGUGCGAAAGAUCCUACAGAGCUUGACAUCCGAAUGGCGAUCCAAGGCCGAUGACAUCUAUGAAUCAAUCAGCACAUCAAAUGUCACCAUCGACAGCCUAAGAGGUAAUCUAAAAACCUAUGAAUCUACUAUUCUUAACCCGUCUUUAAAUGACCAAAGGAAAGGGAUAGCAUUAAAAGCCGUCAAAGAAUCAACGAUGGAUGAUUCAAGCGACGAUGAUGAAAUCAAGCUUGUCAUGAAGAAGUUUUGUAAACUUCUAAGGAAGAAAGAAAAGGUUGAGAAUGGCCCUGUGUGCUAUGGAUGUGGUGAAGCCGGGCACAUCAAGAACGAAUGCCCGAAAAGCAGAAGGAAUUCUCGGCACUUCAAAAGGCAAAGGGCAUAUAUCUCUUGGGGUGGCGACUCCGGCGACGAGUCAACCGAUCAAGACGAGGAUGAAACUGCCAACCUCUGUCUCAUGGCGCACGAAGACCAAACCGACGAUGUACAAGAG